UGAAACCUACACGCCAAACGGCGUCACGGCCGCGUCGCCAUGUCGCAGUCCAACAAGCCCUUGGCGACGUCGCCACUGGGAGGCAGAGGCUGUGGUCUUUUCUGCUGGGCUGUGCCCAUCCUGCUGUUCGCUUUUGCCAUCCGGCUCUGUGGCCUCCUCCUGGACGUCGAGGAUGUCUACGAGAAGGGCUUCGCCUUGUACAACAUUCUCAUGUUGCCGCAUCAGGCCUACGAAGAUUUCCUGCAGAGCUACGAUGUCUACACCCACGCCACGGACCAAGAGCUGGAAGACGCCUACGGCCAGGACUGGCGAGAAGUUGAGAUGCGGAAGCACAAGCACACCUACACAGUGGUCCAAUACUACUGUGCAUUGGUCGGGUGUCAGAAGAUGUAUGUGGCGCCACUGUUCAACACCUUGCGGGGCAACGAAGAGAACCAGGUGAUUUUUGAGUACCAGCUGGCUCGCUGGUUGAAGGCUGGCGAUUGGGACGACCAGCCGUUCAAUGCUUGUGCCCGAAGGGCUGAGGACCCCAAUGCAGUUGCCAAGAAGACCAAAAGAGUCUUGGAGGUGGGCUGCGGUCAGGGCCGAAUUCUCCAGGAGCUGGGUAGAUUCCUGGGAGCAGAUUGGAAACUCAUGGGAAUGAAUCUGGACGGAAACCAGUUGAGACACGCAAAGGAACGUCCAGUUGAGGUGACGAUGAGAGACUUAAACCACAUGCCCUACGACUGGAUCGCCAAUGCCUCCGUCAAUGGCGCCUAUAACUUGGGCGCCAUGACGUUUCAGCGGGACCUGGAAGAACACGCGCAGGAAAUGGCGCGGAUCCUGACACCAGGAUCACGCUUCGUGGUGGCCUGCGACUGGACCAAUUUCGACGAUGAGAAGGGACUGAACCUGAAGGACCUCGAGCAUCGGCGGCUGUGGAGCGGCGCACGGCGCUUGGGCGCGGCGGGGCGCUACUGCUACAGCGAGAAGGAGUACGUGGCAGCCUUCACAAAGUAUAACUUCAAACAUGUGCACAGCGAGCUCUAUGGUGUGCGCUAUGUGCAGGCCUUGCGUGACGUCAACGUGCUGCGCGUCCUGGCUGCGGAGUGGAUGCAGCUCGUGGCCAAAGUGGACCUCUUUGGCGUUCUGGACCAGGCCUUGACAAUGAUGCAGCGCUUUGGUACUGAUGUCGAGAAUGCCUUGGAGGCUCACGAUCGCAAACUCUUCACCUACUGUGGCAGCCACGUUUUUGAGCUUCAGCGCUGAGCAGCGACCAGUUUCGCUGAGAGCUACACGCCCAGCUAUGCGGCUUUAUAUUUUCCAGUGCCGCUGCGCUGCGCUGCGGACAUCUUCCAUGGAAUUUAAGGAUGGAGCAGGUGGAAAUUUUAACGUCAAUUGACC